UUUUUUGAUUUUGCUGAAUUUUCUAGGUUCAAAUAUAAAAACGAAAACACAUUCAGUCAGCUGUCAAGAAUCCUCGCCAAUCAGAAAUAAUAAAUUAAAUUUAAAAAACAGGGAAGAAGGAGAUGGCGAUGAUUCAAGUUAUUAAAGUGAAAUUAAAUUAAAUUUUGCUGCAAUUCCGUUGUCAUCGUCCAUCGACCAUCAUCAUCAUCAUCAUCAGUUUCCAAUUAAUUAAGCAGCAUCACCAUCGGUUCUCAUCUGAUCUGAUCUGAUCUAGUAAUGGCUGGGGCAGCGUCCGCGCUGUUUCUAUUAGAUAUAAAGGGGCGCGUUCUGGUGUGGCGCGACUACCGUGGCGAUGUCUCUGCUGUCCAGGCCGAGCGCUUCUUCACCAAGUUCAUCGAGAAGGAGGGAGAUCCGCAAUCUCAAGAUCCAGUGGUGUAUGAUAAUGGAGUCUCUUACAUGUUCAUACAACACAGCAAUGUUUAUCUAAUGGCCGCAUCAAGGCAGAAUUGUAAUGCUGCCAGUCUCAUCUCCUUCCUCCACCGCGUUGUUGAUGUUUUUAAGCAUUAUUUUGAAGAAUUAGAAGAAGAAUCACUUAGGGAUAACUUUGUGGUAGUGUAUGAGUUACUUGAUGAAAUGAUGGACUUCGGUUACCCUCAGUACACCGAAGCAAAAAUUCUUAGCGAAUUUAUCAAGACGGAUGCCUACAGGAUGGAAACUUCACAGAGGCCUCCCAUGGCUGUCACUAAUGCAGUGUCUUGGCGCAGCGAAGGGAUAAAUUACAAGAAGAACGAGGUUUUCUUGGAUGUGGUUGAGAGUGUCAAUAUACUUGUCAACACCAAUGGGCAAGUCAUUAGGUCCGAUGUUGUUGGGGCUUUAAAAAUGAGAACAUAUCUAAGUGGCAUGCCUGAGUGUAAGCUUGGCCUAAAUGAUAGAAUAUUAUUGGAGGCCCAAGGACGGACAACAAAAGGAAAGGCCAUUGAUUUGGAGGACAUCAAAUUUCAUCAGUGUGUACGUUUGGCUCGAUUUGAAAAUGAUCGGACUAUAUCAUUUAUACCACCUGAUGGGGCUUUUGAUCUCAUGACAUAUAGACUCAGCACUCAGGUAAAGCCUCUGAUUUGGGUGGAAGCUCAAGUUGAAAAGCAUUCGAGAAGUCGUGUUGAGAUAAUGGUAAAGGCUAGGAGCCAGUUCAAGGAGCGUAGCACUGCAACGAAUGUUGAGAUUGAGUUGCCUGUGCCAGUUGAUGCUUCCAAUCCUAAUAUCCGGACGUCAAUGGGGUCUGCAUCAUAUGCACCUGAAAAUGAUGCAUUAUUGUGGAAAAUUAAAUCUUUUUCUGGUGGAAAGGAGUACAUGUUGAGGGCAGAGUUCAGUCUUUCCAGUAUAACUGCUGAAGAAGCAACUCCUGAGAGAAAAGCUCCUAUACGUGUGAAAUUUGAAAUACCAUAUUUUACUGUUUCAGGAAUACAGGUUCGAUACCUGAAGAUUAUUGAGAAAAGUGGUUAUCAGGCUCUCCCAUGGGUGAGAUACAUAACAAUGGCUGGCGAGUAUGAGCUUAGGCUUAUCUAGAGGAGCUCCAUCAGAAGGGCUCUAUCAAGAUGCAUUUCCAAUAUCUUUGAGGUUACCAAUCUGUAAUGUUGAAUUUUUUAGGACAAAACUGGUGGAAAAACAGGGAGCCAUGGGAAGUUGGUUGUGCUAGUCAAAUGGCUGAUUAAGCUUUACCACCUUAUUCUUUUUGGCCGUUACUUUCUGUAUGUGCAUCAUUAUUGUAUUAUUUAGUGUUUUUGGAAGAGUUGAAACAGUUUUUUUUUUG